AUGGAAGCUCUUACUUCACUUCACCACCGUCACCAACCUCUUUGUUCCUCCAUCUACCCUUCUCUAUCAUCAUCAACCACUUCUUCACUCUUUCUCUCACAAUCUUCACCAUCAUCAUCUUCCAUCAAAGCUUCAUCGGCUUCCUCAGAUUCCCUUCAACACCCAGAGCCCAAAACCCCUCAAUUUUCCAACCCUCUUCACCAAAUUCCAAAUCUUGACUCUCCUCUUCAUGAAUCAGAACCCAAAUCUCCCCAAUUUUUCAACCCUAAUCGUAAACUUCCAAACGUUGACCCAGAACCCAAAUCUCCUCAAUUUCCUAACCCUAUUCGUAAAUUUCCCUCUUUUGUGACAGUAACUGCAGCUGCAUCAGCUUUUCUCUUUCUGGGUUAUUGUCAAAACGGGUUUAACAAACCAAUAACACCACUUUCCUCAGUCGUUUCCGUCGAGGAAAAAAGCGAUUUUUCAGAAUUUUCUGGAAGUAAACCAGAUAAUGUUCAAUCUGUUUUACAUUUGAAGCUGAAAGAGAAAGUUCGCGUCGUGCAUAGUUUCAAGAAAGUUAAAACCGAUGAUGAUGAAGCAUGGCAGGUAUUGAGAGGAGAGGUUUUUAGCUGCAGUGAGAAUCUGGAGUUGAUUAAGGUUGGAUUUGAAGAGAUAUUGGAGAAAGACAUGGAUUGUAACAAGGUUCAUCAAAAUCGUGUUCUCGAGUAUCUUGAAAUGGUUGAUGAAUGUAAUAGCUUGUUGAGGGGUAUUAAGGUUACAAUGGAUAGAUGUGAGAGGGAAGACGGAGAUAUAAAUCGGCAUCUAAGAUCCUUCUGCAAGGUUGUUGAUCGAAUUAGGGUCUUGGAAGGAGACAUGGUUGGUGCUUUGAAGUAUUUUAAGCAACUUGAACAAGAGUGA